AUGCCUUCCUCCAAAUUUUCACCCGAAUCAAUUCCUGAUCUUACAGGACGGGUCUACAUUGUUACCGGAGGCAAUGCUGGCAUUGGUAAGGAGACCGUGAUUGGCUUGGCAGCCCGUGGUGCCAAAGUGUAUAUGGGCGCGCGCAGCAAGGAUAAGGCAUUGGCGGCUAUCCAUGAAAUACAAGAACAACUACCGGCUGCGAAUAUUCAUUUUCUUGACCUCGAUCUAUCCAAUUUCCAGAGCGUCAUCGCGGCUGCGAAGAAGAUACGAGAAGCUGAACUCGCGUUACAUGGACUCAUCAACAAUGCUGGUAUUAUGGGAGUGCCUUACUCUCUGACUGUCGAUGGCUUUGAGGCUCAAUGGCAGACCAAUUACUUGUCUCAUUGGCUGCUCACGCAUCAUCUGAUGCCACUUCUUCAAUCUACCGCUCAGUCGAAUCCUGAAGGAACUGUCCGCUUGGUCAACUUGACAUCGGAUGGACAUGCAAGGUUUACUCCCCCGAGCGGAAUUCGGUUCGAAGAUACCGGAUUGGAGAAGGAAAACUCCAUGAUGAGAUAUGGACAGAGCAAACUAGCGAAUGUCUUGCAUACAGUGCAACUGAACAAAAAAUACGGCCCAGUCUCUGCGGAAUCUGGCAAUGCAGCGAUUUGGUUCGCAGCAGUGCAUCCCGGCCACAUUGACACCGAUCUGAAUAAACAAGCCACAGGGGCACUACCUGCAGGCGUCUUGCGAGUUGCUACUCCCAUCAUGAGCUGCCUCGGGAUCCUGGAUAAGCAAGAGAAGGGCGCCUGGUCCUCGCUCUUUGCUAUCGCCAGCAGCAAUUUCAAGAAGUCGGAUUCGGGUGCCUACGUCGUGCCAUAUGCAAAAAUUGGGACACCAAGUGACCAUGCGCGAGACCCCAAAUUGGCCGAGAAGCUAUGGCAGUGGACUGAGUCGGAGCUUGGUGCCAAGGGCCUGCUCUGA